GGGAGGCUGUUUAAAGUGGCGCUUGCGGGAUGGCGGAGCCGGCGGACUAUCCCCCGUUCCAGCUGGGGAAGCCCCGCUUCGAGCAGACUUCAUUUUAUGGCAGAUUCAGGCACUUCUUGGACAUCAUCGACCCCCGCACCCUCUUUGUGACUGAGGGCCGGCUGAAGGAGGCGGUGCAGCUGCUGGAGGAUUACAAGCACGGCACUCUGCCCCCCGGAGUCACCGACGAGCAGCUGUGGGGAGCUCAAAAAAUCAAACAGGCCAUCAUCCACCCCGACACCAACGAGACCAUCUUCAUGCCUUUCCGAAUGUCAGGUUACAUUCCCUUUGGAACCCCCAUUGUUGUUGGUCUUCUCCUGCCCAACCAGACCCUGGCCUCCACGGUGUUCUGGCAGUGGUUGAACCAGAGCCACAACGCCUGUGUGAACUAUGCAAACCGCAACGCGAGCAAGCCUUCUCCGACAUCCAAGUUCAUCCAGGGCUACUUGGGAGCUGUCAUAAGUGCUGUCUCAAUAGCAGUGGGCCUUAACGUUCUGAUCCAGAGAGCAAACAAGUUUACCCCGGCCACCCGGCUCCUGAUCCAGAGGUUUGUGCCAUUCCCUGCUGUUGCCAGUGCCAACAUCUGCAACGUGGUCCUGAUGAGGCACACGGAGCUGGAGGAGGGGAUUGAUGUCCUGGACAGCAAUGGGAACGUGGUUGGCUCCUCCAGAGUUGCUGCCAAACAUGCUCUGCUGGAAACAGCCCUGACCAGAGUGGUCCUGCCCAUGCCUAUACUGGUUCUACCUCCCAUCAUCAUGUCCGUGCUGGAGAAAACGUCUCUGCUGCGGGCCCGGCCCCGGAUGCUGCUGCCGGUGCAGAGCCUCGUGUGCCUCGCUGCCUUCGGCCUGGCGCUGCCCCUGGCCAUCAGCCUCUUCCCGCAGAUGUCCGAGAUCGAGACAGCCCAGCUGGAGCCAGAGAUUGCCAUGGCCACCAGCAGCAAGACUGUGGUCUACAACAAAGGCUUGUGAGUGCCAGAGGAGAAUCCCAGCCCAGGAGGUCUGGGGAGGGAAGAGGGGGAACUCCAGACCCCGUCUGGGAGAAAGCAAACAAGAAGGAGAAGAUGAGAUCAUAGAGCUCAGCGAUAGGAGCUGCUCCCGGCAGCCCGGGAGGGAAUUAACACCUGCACAGAACUGACACCUCACACCACUCUCAAAGAUUCACAUUAAAAGUUCUAACCUAGCAACAGGAGCAGCCACUACAGCAAAUAAAAUCCCGUUGAACCGCUUUAGGACUGGCUGACAGAAGUCAGAGUCACUGGCACUGCACGGAGGGAGUUCAGGGGUGAGCCCAGAGCUGGCUGCAGGACACAGACAUGGCCCAACAUCACCCAGCACAACCUCUGCUCACGGAGCCCAGCCCCCCCGAUGCUGCUCAGCACCGUGGAUGUGACUGAUCAGGAUUGAUCGGGCAUUGGGAAUGCCCGGCAUUGAUUUCCUGCCCAUCCCACCCCAGCAGCCGGGCGCUGAAGAGGAGUUCCCAGCUCAGUGUGCCCAGCCAAGGGCUCUGCUGUGCCCCUCCAUCCCCC